AUGCAACCACCUCCCAUCAGGCUCGACUUUUCAGAGCAGCUGGCAGCAGAGGCGCGGCUUGCGUUUGCGCGCAACGUGGCGCGCGGCGAGGCGGGUAUCAACCUAGCGGAAGCUGCGCUGCAGGUUGCGGCUGAGGACGAUGCCAUAGCAUCGUCGUCCACGGUGGCAUUCCCAGUGAGUUCCUACAUGCAGCGCAUCAAACAGCUAGCGGAUGAGAUCGCGACUCAGCAUCGCGCCGUCCCCUUGGCUUCCAGUAGCACGGACCCCAGCGGCAGCAGCAACGGCAGUGGCAGCAACACCAGCGGCGGUGGCGGCGGCCUGGCCGCGCUGCCGCCCUCAGAGGCUGUCGGAGCCGUGGAGGCGGCGCUGUUCGGGCAGCAGCGGCUGCGGCUGGCGCGGUGCGGCCGCAGCGCGCUGCCGGCACGGGCUCUGCUGACGCAUCCGGGGACGCACGAGAGCGCGCAGCCGGCGUAUUUGAACGAGGUGCUCGUGCGGCGCGUCGGCCACCCUGCUGCCCUAGCUAUCAUACUUCACGAGGUGCUGCAGCAGCUGCUAGUUUCUGGUGACAUCACCGUCGCCGCUGCCGUCUCGCCGCCGCCCGGCUGGGCGGGCCUCCCGCGCGCCUACGCUCUGCCCCACCUGCCGCGGCACAUGGUGCUGGGUGCUGGGACGGGCGGCAUUACCCUGAACGCCUGCAGCAGCGAGGCGCUGGUCGAGUUGCUGCGCCAUCUGAAGCGCGCCUACUGGCCGUUUCAGUGGGACACCUCUAUUGACACCCAGCAUUGCUCGCACGGCGGCUUCAGAGGCGCGGCGAAGUCUGCUCUGGGCAGCGAGGAGGUCACGGCAGAGGUCCGCGCCAUCAGCGCGACGGCGGCGCACCGCCUGCAGCGCGGCAUCUGGACCAGCCCCGGCGCCGGCGACCUGCGGCGCUGCGUCGCGGCGUGCGAGCGCUUGGUGAUGCUGGCGGGGGACGAGCAGCCGCGGGAGAGGCGUGAUUUGGGGGUCUUGUAUCUCCAUGCGGGCCUGUUCGACGAGGCGGCGGCUGAGCUGUCAGAGUACUACCGCCGCACGACACGCCCGUCCGCCGCCGCGGCAGCCGCCGCCGCUGGUUUGACCAGUGAGGACCCGUUUGACCUCAAGCUGACUCAGCUUCUGCUAAAGCUGAUCGAGACGGGGGGCGCGCCUGGAGGCGAGGCGGCGAGCGGGGUCGCUGCGGCGACGGCAUCAGGGGCGGCAGCGGCGAAGGGUGGUGAGGGGGAGAACGCAGUGAUGUUGCUUCUGCUGUAA